AUGAUUACUAGCCAGAAAGCCACGUGUAGCUACGCCAAAGUGUCCAAAAACUGUCACCCCGAGGAGCUGCGGUGCGGCUCCAGGCAGUGGUCCUGUGCCAGUGCAGACCAGUGCGUGCCGGACUCCUGGCGCUGCGACGGGCAGCGCGACUGCAGGGACGGCAGUGACGAGGCUGCGUGCGCCCCCGAGAAGUGCGGGAGUUCUGAGUUCCAGUGCCGCUCCUCUGCCUGCCUCCACCUCAGCCUGGUGUGUGACGGGAAGGAGGACUGUGCCGACGGCUCGGACGAAGGUGGACAGUGCUCGGCGUCAGCAUGCGGCCAAGUACAGUGCUCCCACACCUGCUACCGGUCCCCCCGAGGCCCUAUAUGUGCUUGUGAGCAAGGCUUCGAGCUGAAGAGCAGCGGCGGAAGCUGUGAGGAUGUGGAUGAGUGCCGGAGGUCGGGUGGUCGGCCUUGCAGUCAGACCUGUAUCAAUACCGAGGGCUCCUACCGCUGUACCUGUCAUCCUGGCUACUUGCUGGAGCCAGAUGGCCACACCUGUAAAGCAACAGGUACGGAACCGAUCCUGCUGGUGGCCAUUCAGUUUAACCUGCUUCUCUAUGGACUAAGGAGCUUGAAAGAAGAUAUUCUGGCAGCUACAGACAAGAACCUGGUUAUUUUCUCCAUUGACUAUGACUUACUGGAUCAGAAAGUCUUCUGGACAGAGCUCGGUGCAGAAAGUAUUAAGUGGAUAAGCAUGGACGCAAAGAAGAAAGGGACUGUAGUAAAAGGAAUAAAGUCAGACUGUAUGGUGGUCGAUUGGAUUGGGAGGAAUCUCUACUGGACAGAUGGCACAGCUGGCCAGAUUUUGGCAAUUCAGUUGACUGCUGUGUGGCGAGGAAAACCUGAAUACACAAUUGUCCUGGGUGAUAACUUAAAUCAGCCACGGUCUUUGGCUUUAGAUCCCUUAAAUGGGUGA